UGCAGAGCAGCGAUAGUUCGGCACAAGACACUCUAAAUAAUCAGCUAGUAUCUGAUGUUAUAGUCGGCGAUCCAUUCCACAAUCAAGAAUUUCUGCAACGGAAACUUUAUUUCUUUUUGGAACACCUCAAAAAAAUGCAUGCCAAUCUACCAGAACAAUAUCAAAUGAGAAUAUCCUAUGAAUUGCUUGCUGGGCUGGCAAAUUCUCUUCUGAACGACACUAUCUUUGAAAUCGUCAAAGGGCUCAUGGAGAUACAGCAUGUUACGGAAGCUCACUUAAUGCAAGUUAGAGAAAAAGUAGAGAAUGAUCAUCAAUUGGAGGUCAAACAAUGGGAAUCUAAAAUUCAAGACGCCGAGGAGCUCGAACACAUCAUUGCUCUGAUGAAAAUCAAACAUAGCAAGAAUAUGAAGGAAACCGACAUGAAGCUUGUGCUGCACCUCGAUCAAAAAGUAAAAGAUCAGCAAUCAACGUUGGAGAAAGCAGGUGUACCUGGAUUUUACGUAACAGAGAAUGCCAAAGAAAUCAAAAUACAGAUGUAUCUUUUAGAUUUUAUCCUCCGACUCAGCAGAAUUAAAUUUGAUACCAACAAAUAGCAUUCAGAAACAGUGGAGAUAGUAUAAUUCGCAAAAACUAAACGAGAGAUCAUUUGAUGAUAUUGAAAAUAAUAUGGAUAUGCUACCCCUUUUACCAUCUUUUUGUGCUAUCUGAUUUCGUCCAACUCAUUACUCGGGAUCUACACUACACCGCGACGUCGCCUG